UAAAUGGGGCCAUCAGGCGCCCAGCCUGCUCAGAUGGGAGGGUAUUAAGCCUGAGGUAAUGCUGUUGGCACCGGAGCUCAGUCAGCUGUGCCUCCUGCAGCGGUGACAUGGGGAGCACCAGCAAGGUGCUCAGCUUCUGGAACAGGAGACAAAGUCUCUACCCCAACUACAAGGUCUCCGACGUGGACGUCGCCCGCAGGUCCUCGGAGAUGGUCUACCCUCUGGCGAAGGAGAGCUGCGUGAAGACGUGGAACUCCAUGUUCGAGCUGAGCCGGGACAUCUACGAUGUCUUCGCCGAGUACGACGAGGAGGAGGACGAGGGCCUCCUGCUGGGGUUGUCCAAGCUUUCGCCGUCCAAGAACUACAUGAUCAACAUCAACGUCGGGGGGCAGCCCUACCAGAUCGCCUACAAGAUGGCCGCCAAGUAUCCCAAGACCAGGAUCGGACGCUUGGCCACCUACAGCGACCACAACAUGAAGCUGGACUUGUGCGACGACUACAUCGUGACCAGCAACGAGUUCUUCUUCGACCGCGACCCCGACAUCUUUCACAGCAUCUUCAACUUCUACCGCACGGGGGUCCUGUGGAUCAAGGACGAGCUGUGCCCCCGGAACUUUCUGGAGGAGAUCAACUACUGGGGCGUGAGGAUCAAAAACACCAACCGCUGCUGCCGCAUCUCCUUCGAGGAGCGGCAGGACGAGCUGAACGAGCAGCUGAAGAUCCAGCGGGAGCUGGAGGCCGAGGUGGAGAUCGAGGAGAACGAGGAGCUCUUCAAGGACAUGUGGAUGGGCCAGAAGCGGAGAGCAAUCUGGAACCUCAUGGAGAAGCCCUUUUCUUCUGUGAAGGCCAAGCUCAUGGCCGUGGCCUCCAGCCUCUUCGUCCUGAUCUCACUGGUGGCCAUGACGCUGAACACGGUGGAGGAGAUGCAGUACCGGACGCCCACCGGGCAGCUGAGUGGGAAGACCUACUGGGAACACGUGGAGUCCAUGUGCAUCGCCUUCUUCACCAUGGAGUACCUGCUGCGCCUGCUCUCCACUCCGGACCUGCAGUCCUUCAGCAGGAGCGUGCUCAACACCGUGGACCUGAUCGCCAUCCUGCCGCAGUUCCUGCAGGCCGUCCUGGAGUUCUUCGACAGCGAGGAGAACUACAUGAAGCACGAGGCCGACAUGCAGGCGGUGGGGCAGGUGGGCAAGCUGGGCCAGGUGCUGAGGAUCAUGAGGCUGAUGCGCAUCUUCCGCAUCCUGAAACUGGCUCGACACUCCACGGGUCUGCGAGCGUUCGGCUUCACGCUCCGCCAGUGCUACCAGCAGGUGGGCUGCCUCUUCCUCUUCAUCGCCAUGGGCAUCUUCAGCUUCUCCGCCAUGGUCUACACCGUGGAGCACGACAUGCCGCAGACCAACUUCACCAGCAUCCCUCACGCCUGGUGGUGGGCCGCUUGUGCUCUCAGUCUUGGUCUUGCUCUCCUCACUGGACCAGGAUUCGGUGACCACAACACGACUAUAGACAGGUCAGCAUCUCCACGGUGGGCUACGGCGACGUCUACCCCGAGACCACGCUGGGACGCCUCUUCGCCUUCGUCUGCAUUGCGUUCGGAAUCAUCCUCAACGGUCUGCCCAUCUCCAUCCUCUUCAACAAGUUCUCCGACUACUACUCCAAGCUCAAGGCCAACCAGUACACAGCCUCCCUGAAGAAGAGGGGCAAGGUCAGAUUCGCCAAGAGAACAGUCCGCAAGCUCAACCACUGCUUCGGCUGCCACUGACACCACAUCUGCGCCACCUCUGGCCUCUGCAAACUAGUGCUUUAUUAGAGUCCACAAGUGCAUAACGUGCCACAAUACAUGCUUGUGGAAGUCUCCUGUCUUUUUAUGAACAUUUUGUACUCAGUUGUCUAUUAUUUAUUUAGAGACUAUAAUCCUUGCAUAAUUGAGCAGCUAUUUAUGCUUUUAUUUUGCUGUCAUGAAUGGACAAAAAUGUGUGUGUGUGUGUGUGCAUGCAGAAUUGUCUGCCUUUUUUUAAAAGUUAUCUGAAGCUCUUUCUACGUUUUAAUAAACAACGCUCAUUUUAAA